GCACUCCCAAACAACCCUACUGAAUCUGUCAUCAACGGGACGUCUUAGUCACAGGGAUUAGCACGUUGAAAUGGGAAGACUAGCUAUCGGUUUCGCUGUCUAUGUGCUGCUCUUGCGCACUGGUGCCGUCCACGGCCAGGGAGGCUUUUUAGGGAAUUUGGUAUCAAAUGUAGCUCAAGGAGCUCUGCAAGCACUGCAGCAAAAGCAGGAAACGCUUGCUCAAGCGGCGUCCCAGCCAAGCAUGCCUUCUGUCGCGGAACAAGCACGCAUCGAGGCGAUACAAAAAGCCAAGAUGAACCAGAUUUCUGCAACAGAGGCCCAGGCAGCCGCGAAAGAUGUGAUGGACACGUACAAACAGCUGGAGCAAGACCUAGCGAUGCCUCUUGCAGAAAAGACAUCCCACCUGAAGGAUGAAAGACUUAAACUUAUGCGCCGCAUAUCCACCCUAACGAAAGAGGCACGUGCCGCAUACGAUGCCCUCUAUCCAGAUAUGGUGAACCGCCCACUCAUUAUUGUUGCAAAGUCCCCCGAUGAUGACAUGCGUGCAGUCGCCAAUCGUAUUGACGCACAAGGCUCCCUGGAUGAACUGCAAGGCAUAAUGUCGCCGUGCGCACAGUUUCACAAUGAACGUGAGGCUGAAAAGAAAGAGCUACAGAUUGUCCAGAGUAUGAACAAUCUGGACGAAGAAUCUAGAGCUCUCAGUCGCAUGUCUCCAGAGGAACGCCUUACCUAUGAUCGGAACAUGGCCGAAGAAUACGGCUUCAAGAAGGAGCAGCUUGCCACAAAUAUCAAGCAAGCUGGUAAGAUUAACCGAAACACAUACCCUUUUGAGGCGAUUAACAUCUCCCCCACAGAGAGGCAAGCAGGCAUUCAUCGGCCAACUGUUCUGGGAACAGCAGUAUCAGGCCUUCUCGGGGGACUGUUAGGCGCCGUACCAGGUGUAGGUGCCUCUCCAAUUACAGUUGGCCGAGUGUAA